AGAAAAUGUGUCGUAGAAGCAGAUUAUUCAUUUUCAAUCUUCAUUAAUCUGAUCUUAAGUGCAUUCCUUUGGUUGUCCCCUCAGGUCCCUUUGGCUAAUUAGCUUCAGAGAUACCCGAGGAACUGGGAAACCUGAAUAACUUGCAGUACUUGUGAGUCUGUAUUCUGCAGGUGUUGUUUAUACCGGUAUCUGAGCAAACGUCAAACUUUGAGCUCAAAAUUGUCUUGACGUUUAUUCGUUGCAGCAAUUGCCAUGAUUGUGUCUCCACGGUGGACUACCACAGAGUUGUGCUGGAUUGCUGGCUCUCAACCGGAUGCCAAUUACAUCUCGUUCCGGCAAGGCUGAUGUGUGGGUACAUGACCCUACAUUCGUUUGGAUUCCUUUGCACUUCUUGGGGAGUUUCCUGAGUAGGAUUUCAACGGAAUGCCCAACUUGACGAGUUUGUGGUUAUCAAACCAAUUAACCAAAGAUAUUUGUCCAGAAAUCAAAUUUUCUGGAAAACCUCCUGAUAUUGCAAUUUUGGAGGAGGAAUACAAUGUGUCUACAAGGCGCUGGGAUUGUAGCUACUCGGGAGGACCGACACCUGUGGGACACAAACACCUUGCAGAAACGCAAGGAGCAUUCCUGGAGCACGAAGGAUCAAUCAGCUUAUUGGGCUUAAAUUGUUCGGAUGGAGAGUCUGCUGAGUGGGUCAUACUUGCUGGAGUUCAAUGAUUCACCGUGGAGGAGUUAGUGGAUAGCUUCAGACUUCAGUGACGAACAUGUAAUAGGACACGGGGGAUUCGAAAAAGUUUAUUUCGCAACUCUUGAUGACGGACGUACGGUUGCGAUUAGAAGGGCCUCCGCUCGAAGCGUGCAGGGUAUGCGUGAGUUUCGAAACGAGAUCACACUUUUGAUUCGACUUCACAAUCGACAUCUUGUUCGACUCGAAGGGUUCUGCAUUGAAAGAGAUUUUCAGGCAUGUUCUGUCAGUAACUCUUGCUACAUGUAUAGGUCAGAUGAUGCUAUUCCCAACCACAUACCAGCCACCAAAACGUCCUUAGCAUGCAGGCCAUUUCAGUCAGAUGUGGACUUUGGAGAAAUGAACGCAAUGGUCUCGAAGAAAGUUACAUGCUCGUUUCUACUCGAACGUUUAUCUGGCCAUCCACAACACGCAGCUACUCAUCUACGAAUUCUCGAAGAAGGAAAAUCUUCAAGAAUUGUAACACGGGAUAAAAGUGGGAGCCGGCAUGCCUCUAACUUCGAAGAAAAGGUUAGACGUAGCCUAUGGUGUUUCUAAGGGACUGGAGUAUCUUCACUCAUUUCGCG